AUGUCUACCUCCCAGGAUCCCGAUACAGUGCAAAAUACAGCAAACUUCGAUGAAACAUUUUCUAAUAAGCCGUCAUCGAGGACUAUUCAUAAUGCGGAAUCAGCCCCACAAGCUAAAGAUGUGAUCCAUGAUAUAGAAACCACAAAGGAUAGUAAGGGUUCGAGUAAUUUCCUGGUGAAAAAAAAUUCAUUACCAUCAAAUGACCUUCCCAUCAAAGUAUUACCCGUGGAAUUAUCAUCAAAGACCCCUGAAAAUAAUAUAGCCACCAAAGAAAUUGACAAUAAUGGCAACUUCGGGAAUGUACCUGAAGACUCCAAACCAGUGGUUGCAAUACCUCCUGGUACGCAAACUGAUAAUCCCAUCAAAGAAGAAAAGGGAAAACCAACAUCACAGCCAGCUAUUGCUAGUCCAAAGCUUGAUGGGCGGGAGGAUGAAUAUAACCACCAGAAAAGUAAACAACUAACAUUUAAAUCAAAGAGAAUCUCAUGGUACAAUCCACUUCAUGGCCAGAUGAUGGAUUCAAGGAUCUUGAUUCAGAAUGUCAAUGGUCCCUGUGCAUUAAUUGCAGUGGUGAACACCUUAGUGUUAAACUAUCAAUUGGAUCAUAAUUACCAAAGUGGAUUAACAGAGAAACAUUCCAAAACUCCUGAAGAUAGUCGAUGUGAAGAAUUGAUUAGAUUAAUUGAGAGCAGGGAAGAAAUUAAUGAUACAGAUAUCGUUGGUGUAUUAGGUGAUAUGUUAUUGUCGGCCAAUGCUGCCGCUUCUAUCGGAUCCAGUAGCGAGCCCAUUGAUGAUGGGACAUUUACUGCAGUUUUGAAUUUGUUACCACAUUUGCAUGAAGGAUUGAACAUCAAUCCUAAUUUCUUAACUGGUGGGAUCGAUAACUCUCAGCAAGAUGUGCAAUUCAAUAUUCAUGAACUUGAUGAAUCUUUCACAAAAGAGAUAUCUUUGUCGGUCGUCUCGGAUGCUGAAGGUAAAAAAUCCAUUAAUGUUAAUGAUUCAAAAUCAUCUCCCUUGAACCCUGAAGUUGCACUUUUCAAAGCUUUUGGUAUUGAUAUUUUCCAUAGUUGGAUGAUUGAUCCAAUUACUAAUGUUGAAGAAUACAAGAUCAUCAACUACUUGCAGAAUUUCGAUAAUUGCCAAAACUUUCUAAUCUUUGCUGAAGAUUUGAUAUCUCACAGUAAAGAUUCACCAGACCCUCCUGACGAGGGUCUAUUAUCUAAUGGUUGCCCUGAUGUUUCAUCUUCUCAUUUAACUCCUGCUAAAAAGUUGAUCUUGCAAUCAUACGCUGACCAAAUUCGAUCAUGGCUCAAUUCUCACCCAACGCAACUUACCCCAUCCGGUCUCUCUCAUCUAGUAUCCGCUGCUCCUGGUUCGCGCUUUUCAAUAUUCUUCCGUAACGACCAUUUUAGUACCUUGCUCAAACGAGCAGUUGUGGAUGAAACCGGACAGCCCGGAGCAGAGUUGUAUUGUCUUGUCACUGAUGAGGGGCUACGGGGUUAUAGAGAUGUCGUUUGGCAAGAAGUGCCUACUGGUGGUAAUACGUUCACGGCAGCAUUUCUAGGAAAGCGGGAGAAACAAGCGGUAGAGGAAAAUGGGGUAAUGCAAGAUCUUGCUAACUACGGUAUACUUAGUUUAGAAUUAGGAGAAGAAAGGUUUUACGAUGGGAAUUUCAUCCCUGUUGACCUUUCGCAGGAGUACGAAAGGCAAACAAGACAUAAUACUCGAAACAAUACUGCAGUUCAAAGAGCCACUUCUGGGUCAGAUUUUAUCAUGGUUGGAGGGGAAAUUACUAGUGCUCUAAAUGUUUCUGAAGACCAUGCUCCAGUACUGCAGAAUGCUGGGAACACUAUCACCGAUGCGGAUUAUCUUGCCUCAUCGUAUUUCGAUGGUCAAGCCCUAGACUCUCUGGCAGAUUACCGCUUGGCGCAAAGCUUACAAGCACAAGAAGAUGCUUACAUUGCUAGUCGUAUUCAACGGAAAUACCAGGUCAAAAAUCAGAAACUCAAGAAUACUGGGACAAAGAGAGUUUCGAAUUCUACAGGAGCAGUAAGUCCUGCUGGCAAAUCUGGAGUCCAUAAGAAGAAACUGGGGAAAUCUAGUGGCCCGAAGCUGAUUGAUAGCAAAAGUAAGAAAGAAGGAUGUGUGAUUAUGUGA